AUGGGAGAAUACGUCGAGAAAGCAGACGCAAGCCAUCCAAGUGUCAUUAUCGUUGGCGCCGGUGCUGGAGGUGUCGCAACAGCUGCACGACUUGCCGCCGCGGGAUGCAAAGUCACGGUCAUCGAGAAGAAUGACUUCUCGGGUGGAAGAUGCAGUUUGAUACAUCGCAACAACUACGUACGAAAGGUGCCCUUGGAUCGCGAUAUCACGCCAAUUGCUAACAAUCCGCAGAGAUUCGAUCAAGGUCCAAGUCUACUAUUACUUCCACGGUUGUUCCAUGAGACGUUUCAAGAUCUAGGCACCACACUGGAAGAUGAAGGUGUACAUCUUGUCAAAUGUGAACCAAACUACACCGUCCAUUUCCAUGAUGACACCAAGUUCAAAAUGUCCACCGACAUUGCAACCAUGAAGAGUGAGAUCGAGCGCUUCGAAGGAAAAGAAGGAUUCGACCGCUAUCUUGGUUACCUGAGCGAGGCGCAUAAGCACUACGAAUUGUCCAUCAUAUAUGUGCUGAAGAGGAAUUUCUUUUCAUACGCAAGCAUGAUACGGCCCGACUUCUUACGAUAUCUUCAAACUCUGCAUCCUUUCGAGAGCGUGUGGAGAAGAACCAGCAUGUACUUCCGUACGGAGAGGUUGAGGAGAGUGUUCACGUUCGCCAGCAUGUACAUGGGCAUGAGUCCAUUCGAUGCUCCGGGAACCUACAGUUUGCUUCAGUACACAGAGUUGGCUGAAGGCAUUUGGUAUCCCCUCGGCGGUUUCCACAAGGUUGUAGAAGCGCUGGUCAACAUUGGUUCGCGAUUGGGCGUCGACUACCAGUUCAACUCCCCAAUAAAGCAGAUCACAUUAUCGGAAGAUGGAAAGCGGGCGACAGGCGUCACAUUUGAGGAUCCUUCAAGAGCACCGCUCAGUGCAGAUCUCGUCAUCUGCAACGCCGACCUGACAUAUGCAUACAACAACCUUCUGCCCAUCACAUCAUACGGCACAUCAUUAACGAAGCGCGAAACAUCAUGUUCAAGCAUAUCCUUCUACUGGGCACUCGACAAGCAAUUCCCCGAACUCACCGCGCACAACAUCUUCCUAGCAGAGGACUACGGAAAGAGCUUCGACAGCAUAUUUAAGGAGCAUCUGAUCCCUGAGCAGCCCAGUUUCUACGUCAACGUCCCCUCCCGCGUCGACCCAACCGCCGCCCCAGAAGGCUGUGACUCCAUCGUUGUGCUGGUCCCCGUAGGCCACCUCUUCGACUCCAAGAGCGACACGCACAAAGGAUCCGGCAACACGCCCGGCGUCACACAGGACUGGGACACCAUGGUCGCAUCGGCACGCGAAACGAUUCUCAAAACCGUUGAGAAGCGCCUGCACAUCUCACUUGGCCCGCACAUCGUCGACGAGGUCAUCAACACGCCUCCCACAUGGCGCACAAGCUUCAACCUUGACCGCGGCGCCAUCCUAGGCCUGAGCCACAGCUUCUUCAACGUACUCAGCUUCAGGCCGAAGACUAAGCAUCCGAGCAUCAAGGACCUGUACUUUGUCGGCGCGAGUACGCAUCCUGGAACGGGCGUGCCGAUUGUGCUUGCUGGCGCGAAAUUGGUCACGGAUCAGGUGCUUAGGCAUCUGGGGCUCAAGGAUAGAAUAGCACGGCAGGAUCGGUCGACGGGGGAGAAGAGCGCAUUCAAUGUUAGUCCGUUGGAUGUGCCGCAGAGUAGUCUUGUCAUGCAGUUGCUGUAUCUGGUGCUUGCGCUGUUCUUGACAAUGGCGCUGUUUGUGGCGAGUAAGAAGGUUUUGUAGAUAGGAUUGAGAGGCUGGUAGGGGUAAUGUUGAUUCAUUGUCUGGA